AUGCGUCUGGAAGUGCCUCUUUUAAUUUUUGCCCUUACCAUCGCAAGUGUUAAACCGAGUGAAAUAACAUUUGAAAAUGUGACAGUUUGGAUAAGUGCAGACGAAAAACUUGCAGAAAUUGAGUCCUCAACCAGCCUCAAACAACACCUCCCUGACACUUCUCUCGACAUAAUCGCAAUAACGGGGGAAAUACCAGUUUUGUACGAAAAUUCAGUCUCAAACAUCUCCAAUGUGAAGCACAUUUACUUCCACGAAAACGAAAUCCUUGACAUUAAACCGGGAGCCUUCAAAAACCUGACUCUGGAGACCCUAGAAGUGGUUUACAGCAAUUUAACCACCCUCAAAAAUGGAAUUUUCUCCAACGUUUCAUUAAAAACACUCGAAAUUACGUCAAAUUUGCUCACAAAAAUUGAGCCUUUUGAGGGUUUACCCACAUUGAAAAUUUUAGUUCUGCGUCACAAUAAUUUGGAAGACUUGGAUGAUGAGCACAUUUUGGACCAACUCGUCGAAUUGCAAGUUUUGGAUUUGUCGUACAAUAAAAUUUCAGUGCUUCCCCGGAAUUUGCUCGAUAAUUUGCACAAGUUAAAGACGUUUAUGCUGCGGAAGAAUAAGUUUUGGUACUUCCCCGAGAUUUUCCCAAACUCGACUCAAAUCGACAUGUUGGAGUUGUCGUCGAAUUUGAUUUCGCAACUUCCUGGGGGCAUUUUGGGUAAUUUACAAAAUCUGUCACGUCUCUACCUUUCAUUCAAUCAUCUUGAGUCGAUUCCCUCCAACGUCUUCAGUGGCCACCCAAAUCUCAAAGAACUGGACUUGUCUUACAACAGAAUAUCUACCAUUGCGUCCAAUGCCUUCGACGACAUGCCCCAACUAGUUAAUAUUAAACUUACGAGGAAUAAAUUGAAAAAAUACGACCCAAACUGGUUUCACAACACUCCAAAUUUGUAUCAAUUGCAUUUGGCCAACAACGAGAUUGAGGACCUUCCAGAAGGGGUUUUCAGGAAUAUUUUCAACGAAAAGAAGCAGUGGGUCUCUCUAAGUAGCAAUAAAAUUAAGACAAUUUCUCCCAACGCGUUCAGAGGUUUUAAAUAUUUCGAUACUUUGAAUUUGGCGUAUAACGAACUGGAGACUUGGGAUGCCACUCUACUGGCUGAUACUGAAGUGAUUUUUUAUUUAAAUUUGGUACACAAUAAAAUUAAAUGCGUGGGAGGUGAUCUCGAUCAAGCUUUUAAAGCUAAUUUCACUUAUUUGGGAUUGAAUCAGUUGACUCCUCAAUGUUUGCAGAAAAUUGUUGAUUGGAGAGGAGAUAAACUGGCUAAGGAUAAACACGUAGUGUGCACCAUCCCCUGUAAUCUAUAUUAGAUUGUUUUUGUUAAUAAUAAAUA